UAUUUUAUUUUUUUCUUCUUUGAAUGGAGUAACUUUUGUGUGAAGCCUAAAUUGCUUAAUUACAUAGCCUGUAAAUGGGAAAACUAUCGACUGGGUAAAUGCAGUGCUCUUGAUCCCUCACCCUUCAGGGAGCUGUACAAGGGGAGGGGAGGGAGUAGAGGCCAAGCAUAAGGGAAGGAGAGGCUGCUGUCUGGUCGGCCUGGGGAGGGACACAGCAGAGCACAAGCUGCAGUGCCUUGGUGUUGAAGCCAGCCUCUUUCUUAUCUUCCCCCCACUUGAUUUCCUCUGCACAGGUCCAGGAGCUCUGAUUUCCUCCUCUGCCUCAUCCCUCCUGGAGCGCCUGCUGUGUGGCCUGCUGUGGCUUUUAAAACAGUCUGUGUGUAUCCUGUGGCAAAGAACCCACACAUGCAUUGUGUGGCUUGAGAGAAUCUUUAUGUGCAGCUUCCAUCCUCAGCCUUCUGAAGCUCGUCCUUAUGAAGAAGCAACUGCACAGAAAUGCUGGCCGCUGCCAGCCAAUCCACUCUGGCUACAGGGAAGUCAAGGCCAAGAGACCUGUAUGUGGCAGUCUGCAGCAUCUUUAUCCCUGCAAUCUAGGCAGGAAACAGUCUGAAGCCUUUAGAAUGGCUGGGAAACCUUUCUGGCAUUCAAGGAAAGCCAGAGCAAAAGGCAUGGGUUCCCUCAUAGCUUAUUUUGCCCCAUCCAAAUCUUGCCAAAUGAGUCUCCACUGUAACAUGGCCUACAGGUAGAGGCUAGCUUUCUGGCGAAGCACCCAAAAUGUGUCUGUUAGAUACUCAUUGAACAUAGCUGUAGUUUUUUUAUUCACAUUUUGAUGUACCCCUAUUCCGGUUAUCUCCUCCCCCUUUCUUGACAAAAAUAAAUAUAAAUUAUAGAAUUCUAUUUUUCCCCAGGGAGGCUUGGAGCAAAGAUUCUGGCCUGCGAUUCCCUGCGUUUUGUGGGUCUUUAAUACUACGAUCUUCUGGUUCUUUUCAUGGGAGCUAAUGGCGGGUGUUCCCAGGACUCGGUGAGAGGGUUUCCCACUCGCUGGGCACACUGGGCACGGGAAGGCUUUCUCUCCCCUGUUUCUGUCCUAUACCAUGAAGAGAAUUGCAGCCCCACCCUUCCAGGUUGCAAAAGUGAGUCUAUGGGGGGAAUUAACAUCGGGACACAGCCUAAACGGAAAGCUCUCAAGAUAUUUAAAAAUAUUUCAUUUUCUCCACUCUCAGUAGAGGUUGAGAUUGGCAAAUGUGUCUUCAUGGAUAUAGAAAACACGGAAUAUCCCCGCCCCCCAUUAAAUAGCGAUUGAGGGGAGUCAGAAUCUGUGUAUAGGGGAGGGGUGUGUUGGGCCAGGGUGUGAUUUCUUUCUGAGAAAAUACACUGUGCAGGUCAGCCCGGUGCACAGAAAUGAGAAGAGAUGCGAAGGAUGCAGGGGGUGUGUUAUUAGGAUGCUGCAGUGUGGUUGCGGUGGGGGUGGGGCGUGCGUGUGGAUGUGAGAAAGCAAGAGGCGCACAAGAAGAGCGCGGGAAAGAUUGCUGGGGAGGCAAAUGUACACAUCAUUCCCCAGCAUCCAGGCUUGCUGCAGCCCCUGGCUGGGUAAGGGGUGUGAUGUGAGAGUGGGGUGGGAGGGGGCAGCAGGCGGGGCCUGCCACGUCACUUGGAGAGUGUUGGGGAGGAAGGGCAGAGCGGAGAGCUGAGCCUGCUGCUGUUGCUGCUGUUGCUGCUGCUGCUGCUGUUGCUGCUGCUGCUGCUGUCGCUGCUACGGGUGUAGCCAAGGCUUGAAGCGGUGGGAGGUGGGUCCCUGCGCCCCGGCGCCGGGACAGCCCCAGGUCAGUCCCGAGGCCUGUGGAACAGCUCCUGAGAACAAGGUGGCGGUUGGAACAGCGACCUUGGCCAGACCUAGUUCGGUGGUGGACGUAGGGCGGAGGCAGAGGCCGAGCCCGGGCAGGAGUCUUUAGUGAGCCGGAGGGAGGCGCAUCUGGCGCUUAGGUACCAGCGGCAACCUAGGGUCUUGUAAGGCUGGAAAAGAACAGCGGGACCGGGACAGAGACAGGAGGGAGGACCCGUGGGUCCCUGAGCCCAGCUUCAGUCAUCAGCGGGAGCUAAGCCACGCGACUUUUCCGGCAGCCAGUUUCACGCGUGCGACAGUUUGCGGGUUCCAGGCAUCCCAGUAAUCUUGAGCACCGAGGCGCGGCUAUUGGGAACCAGAGCCACAUCCCAGACCUAGCCUGGCAGAGGGACCAGCUGCAGGUUUCACCGACCUAACCGCCAGGUCAGAGCGCGGGCCCCACCCUAAAGGAGGGCGCAGCCGGAGCUGGGAAGCGGGUGCCGCGCUCCGGAGCUCGUGUCGUGGGCGCCGUCCUAGUGGCGGGGAGCGCACUGCCAAGGGGACAUGAGAUCGGAGAAAUCCCUGACGCUGGCGGCGCCGGGGGAGGACCGUGGGCCGGAGGGGGAGCAACAGGAUGCCGGAGAGUUCCCGGAGGCCGCGGGCGGCGGCGGCUGCUGUAGUAGCGAGAGGCUGGUGAUCAACAUCUCUGGGCUGCGCUUUGAGACGCAGCUGCGCACCCUGUCCCUGUUCCCUGACACGCUUCUGGGAGACCCUGGCCGCAGAGUCCGCUUCUUCGACCCCCUGAGGAACGAGUACUUCUUUGACCGCAACCGACCCAGCUUCGAUGCUAUUCUCUACUACUAUCAAUCCGGGGGCCGCCUGCGCAGGCCGGUCAACGUGCCCCUGGACAUCUUUAUGGAAGAGAUCCGCUUCUAUCAGUUGGGGGACGAAGCUCUGGCGGCCUUCCGGGAAGAUGAGGGCUGCCUGCCCGAAGGUGGCGAGGAUGAGAAACCACUCCCCUCCCAGCCCUUCCAGCGCCAGGUCUGGCUCCUCUUUGAGUACCCGGAGAGUUCUGGGCCCGCCCGAGGCAUUGCCAUCGUCUCUGUGUUGGUCAUUCUCAUCUCGAUUGUCAUCUUUUGCCUGGAGACCUUGCCCCAAUUCCGUGCAGAUGGGCGUGGUGGAAGCAACGAGGGUAGUGGGACUCGCUUGUCCCCGGCCUCCAGGGGGAGCCACGAGGAAGAAGAGGAGGAUGAGGAUUCCUAUGCAUUUCCUGGUGGCAUUCCUCCUGGAGGGGUGGGGACAGGGGCAACGUCCUCAUUCAGUACUCUUGGGGGUUCCUUCUUCACUGACCCCUUCUUUCUGGUGGAAACUUUGUGUAUCGUCUGGUUCACCUUUGAGCUCCUGGUGCGCUUUUCUGCCUGUCCCAGCAAGGCAGCCUUCUUUCGCAAUAUCAUGAACAUCAUUGACUUGGUGGCCAUCUUCCCCUACUUUAUCACCCUGGGCACUGAGCUAGUGCAACGACACGAGCAGUCCGUGAGUGGUGGCAGUGGCCAAAACGGGCAGCAGGCCAUGUCCCUAGCCAUUCUUAGGGUGAUCCGCCUGGUCCGAGUCUUCCGCAUCUUCAAGCUUUCCCGCCAUUCCAAGGGGCUGCAGAUCCUGGGUAAGACCUUGCAGGCGUCCAUGAGAGAGCUCGGGCUGCUCAUCUUCUUCCUUUUCAUCGGAGUCAUCCUCUUCUCCAGCGCCGUCUACUUCGCAGAGGCGGAUGAUGAUGACUCUCUCUUCCCUAGCAUCCCAGAUGCCUUCUGGUGGGCUGUGGUGACAAUGACCACAGUAGGUUAUGGGGACAUGUACCCCAUGACAGUGGGGGGCAAGAUCGUGGGUUCACUGUGUGCGAUUGCUGGGGUUCUUACCAUUGCACUACCGGUACCAGUUAUUGUCUCCAAUUUCAACUACUUCUACCACCGAGAGACGGAGCAGGAGGAGCAAGGCCAGUAUACCCAUGUCACUUGUGGGCAGCCUACCCCGGACCUGAAGGCAACGGACAAUGGGCUUGGCAAGCCGGACUUUUCCGAGGCUUCACGAGAAAGGCGGCCUAGCUACCUUCCAACACCACACCGAGCUUAUGCGGAGAAAAGAAUGCUCACCGAGGUUUGACGGAUGCAGGCAGGGCCUGCAGGAACACGGGAGCUCUGAGCAAGCCAUCUCUCAGGCUUCCUUCACAUGCUCACUACUCCCGCCGUAGCUCCCGAGGACCUCGAAUCCCCUCCCCCUGUACCCAGUACACGGCAUCCUGGACCAAAUACCUGGACUGUAGACUGUUGCUCGAUCCUCGCAGCAUUCGAGGCUUCUCCAUCUUAGUGACGUUUCGGAAAUUUCAACGGUGCCGCUCAAUCAUGCCCAUCUGUCAAGUGGAUGAGAUACACAUGUCUGCCUGACGUUCCCUCGAGACUGACUUCUCUUGCCUGGGUCUUGUGAUACCACUAGGAAUGGUGAUGUCAAUAGAAUAGAACACAGCUACACUCUGCUCCCUUCUCUGGCGUCCUUUGCUUUGGGUUGUACAUCCUUCUUAGCUUCUGGUCACUGAUCACUGACAGAAUCCGGAGAAUAGAAAAGAAUUCAACUUGCGGCUUUAGCUCCGAGUCCUGUCCAUCUUCUGGCUGGCAGAGCUGUUAGCUGCACAGUUUUGAAAGUUAUUCAUGCCUAAAUUUGGAUGGAAUUAGAGAAAAUACUACCCAGCUGGAUUCUUUGAAGGAUGAGGGUCAGUUCUAGACCAAAGGGACCGGUGGAUUCCUCUAGGAAUCAUCUGGCACAGGAGGCCCUGGCUGUGGUCCACCUAGGUCCUCCUGCUCUGGUUCUCCAACUCCCUUGAGCUUCCAGGAAGGCUCUUUCUCUGAGCCAAAUAUUCUUUGUGCAAACGUCUUCGUGGGCAGAGGAUCUGGAAAAUGGAACUACAGAGCCAGGAGAGAAGGCUGACCAGAGCCAAGUGAUCGGCUGGACCACAUAUCUGAAGCGAGGUGCCACUUAGCAGAGACUGUCACCUUGGACAGGCAGAGGGGACUCCGCUGCAGACAGCGGUCAAUUCUCCCUAGUUAGCCCAGACCUGUCUAAUGUCCCCUCCACUCUUCUUCCCGGGAAUCUGACUUAGGAUUGCAGACAAUUUUUUUUUUUAAAUAAAGCAACCUCAGCUAUAACCUGCAGACAGGUGAGUUCACAUACCGAAUGCCAGCAUAGCUUUCCUCCCCUGCCACGGGCAACAACAGUUGGUUUGGAGCCAGGAACAGGAGCACGGUCCUUUUGUUCACAGCCUCACUCUUAGAGGAUUUUGCUGAGUCAAGCAAAUGUUUGUUUGCUCUUCCUGCGGAGCAGCAUUUGGCCUGCUCUAACUGCUAAGGUAACUCAGUGAUUCCCACUGGGACCAAGCCAUCUUCUCCCACUGCAAAGCCACCACCCUCCCUUCCAGCUGCCCACUGCCCGCCUCCCCAAGUAACAUUGCCAUUCCGUUUUGCCUUUGAUAAACUGUGAUGUACUGUUCUCAGUUCUCAUGAGCACGGUUCCUAACCCCAAAGGACUGUUACCAUGUUUUCAGUUUCAUAUUAAUGCUUUAAGACUCUUUGAAGAGAAUGCCUUUUUUUUUUUAAAAAAAAAAAAAAGAUUUUCUCGAAGAGCAUCAUACUAGGGACUGACCUUGGGGACUGGCUUGAGAGGCACUGUGACUCCAGCGAGUGACAGACUCCAGUCUCAGUUUUGCCACAGCUUUACAGGGUAGCGUUGGUGUCAGAGUCCCUCUUUGUGCCUCAGUUUCCCCAUCCAUUAAAUGAGAACAUUAAUGUCUUCCCCUCCCUACCUCAUGGGGGAAUAUCAAUAAGCUCACCCAGGAAGGUGGGGAAGAUACUAUGCAAAUGUGUGAAUUAUAGUCAUGGAUUUGAGUUUUAGUUUAUUAUCCUGCCUUCCUGUCUCCCAAAGUUUCUACCUUGAGUUCAGAGCCUACAAAUAGGCCAUUGUAGACCAUUAGAUCUCUAAGUCUCUCCUUGGCCUUUUGGGCUGUGCCUCCAUCCUUUGUCUUACCCUUCAGAAUGGAAUGUAUUCUUGCAGUAGACUUGGUGGCUGGAGGUCACUUUACCUGGGAGACUGACUUCUCCGAGCCUGGAACAUAACAAAAGACAGAGAUAUUUAAGACUCAGAGACCUAUCCCAAAGCCAGUAAGAAAGUGUUUUUUGUGUCCAACCUCUUUAGUUACUCCCGAGCCCACCCCAGUGGCCAAAGGGAUGCCCCCAGCUGAGGGUGAUCGUGGGGACAUGUGUGCAUGGACCUCUGUGUAUAUAUCAUUACCCUCAUCACUGUCCUUGUCCUUAUGCAAACAUUGCCUUUUCAAGUCAGAGCAUGCCUGAAAGUAAAAGGUUUGUGGCAAGCCAGGCUCUCCAGGGACUCUGGUUGCCGUAGCAACCUUCCAGACUGUUCUCUCUACUGAUUUGGGUAUCAAGGGAAAACAGACUACACAUCCCAGCUUCUCAAAUGGGAGCACCUCCUUUUUAUUGGUUUAGGCAUUGGUGGAAUUAAGACAAGGAUUCGGGACCUUGCGGAAAUGUGUAGGAAGUAGGUUCUCAACACUUCCUGCCGGGACCUUUUAUUCUGGUUCCAUAUCUGGCCCCUGAUGCUGCCACAUCUUACGCCCGAGUCUUCAGAAACUUGAAUGCUUAAAAACUGCCCAAUGAAGUCCGCAGCAAUGCUAAGGCUUUCCAAAGGCGACCUCAGAGAGGGGUACAAAAUGUCCCUUCCACAGCAGCCAGGCUGGGCCUUGAGGACAUGGAUGACACCAGUCUGAGGUAACCUGACAUUCUCGUCUUAGAUGCAAGCUUUUUCCAGCUCUAAGAGAGACCACGAGGAGUGAAAUCAUUUCCUUACAGAGAGCAAUGUUGCUUCUGACAAGAGCUCUGAGGUGGCUCCUAGGAUGUCAUGCAGAAGCUGAGAGGCAGACAGCAACUCAGUCUCUUUUUUUUUUUUUUUUUUGUGGAGAAUUUUAUCCAGUGAUCCCUCCCUGCUUCUGAGUCUCCACGUGGACGUUGCAACCUUGGCAUCAAGAGAAUAUGCACUGUGUGCUGUCUCAACAGCUGGAACAGGAUCACAGUUGCCCAAGAAGGUGGGUUCAAGCUAUCCUAACAACUGACUUAAACCAGUGGGGGCUCCCAGAGGACUUCUUGGGACUGCCAGUUUCUGCUUGGGAUGAGGACACUCCUCCGGCUUAGCAUCCCAGAGGAGCAAGGAACAGCUGGCCUUCCCUGAACCUGAGGGUCAGGCUGCAUGUGGGCCACUCGGGGAAACCUACACACACCUCGCGCAGAGUGGCUGGACCCAGAACACCUGGCCUUCAAGUUCCCUGGAGGAUGGCAGGAUGGCACCCCCUCCUCACUGAAUGACUCCGCCGGAUAGCCCUUGGUGGCCUUCCACACAGCGACUGGGACGGAAAAAUAGGGGAGUUCCUGUAGUUAAAGACGGGGUUCUGAAUGCUCGAGUUGGGGCCACAGGAGCAGGGUGAGAGCUGAUGGAAUGACCAAUAGAAAAAAGGGGAUGGGAUGAUGUGGGAGCCAAAGAAGCCAUGACGUUGCUGCGGAGGCGUCCGGGCCUGGCCUGGCUGUGGAAGAGUUAACUCAUAAAUAAAUGGCAGUCUCAGA